AUGGAAGCACAUGGGAAUUACGAAAGUAUCCAAGUAAUUAUCAGGGUCCAUCGACCCAACAACGCAAUUCUCACUGUUGCCUACCUCAUUAACCAUCUCCUAACCCAAGUGUUGCAUAAAAAAUCUCCUCUCCAGGUUUUCUCAGGUUCUGAGUCUAUGUUCUCUAUUCUCCCUAAAGUCUUUGGUUGUCUGUUUUGUCCACAAUCAUGCUUCUUCUCAUGUCCUCCUCGGGAUCCCAGUCCUCCCUUCAAGGAGAGCCAUGAUAUGAAGGGAUUCCUGGAUCUAUAUCAGUUUGUGGCUCAUCACCAGUGGCUGAGAACACAGAAGGAUGCUCUUGCUAUCCCUGAGUGGAAGUGGAAACAUGCCAUGAUAGAAGAAAUGAAAGCACUUCGAGAUGAUAAUGAGGAAAUACUCCGGUUGAAGAAAUAUUUGGCAAUCGAGUUUGAAAUAAAAAACUUGGGAAAUCUGAAAUAUUUCCUAGGUAUUGAGGUUGCCCGGUCCAAAGAUGGAAUUUUCAACUGUCAAAGGAAAUAUGUUCUUGAUCUAUUGAAAGAAACCGGGAUGCUUGGGAGUAAAGCUUGUGAUACACUACUAGAGCCAAACCAUAAACUUAGUGAUGAUAGUGGGGGAGCUAUUGUUGAUAGGGGAGAGUUAUCAGAGACUAGUGGAUAA